AAUCAACGACCUAAAUGAAUUUGUUUACCUGUAGUGUUUUGUUAUGGCGCACUUUAGCGAAAUGUCUGUUGAAUAUUAAAACUGUGAAUGUUAGAGCCGUUAGAUACUUAGAAAAGUGUUAUAAAAGUACAGAUUUUGAAGAUUAAAUGUAAAGAAUGUUUUUUCGGGUGUGAUAAUCCUCGGUAGGCAGUUCUUCAAAAAUUAUUUGACAUUAUCUGUUGCCUGUGCAUAGUUUAAAGUUUGAUGAAAUUCCCUGAACAUUCCAAUGUUCCAUUAACAUUGCUGUGGCUAGUAGUUUUAGAAACUUGUGGCUUUGACAUUCUUAAAAAAUAUUAUAUUGUAGUAAUGGUGAAGGUUUAGUGUUUAUAUUUUCAAGAGGCGUUAUGUAAAAUCGUGGCGUUCUUUGAAAAAAUAUAAAAUAUUUUGUAAAGGUAAUAAUGGGGCGUGCCAAACAGACUGGCUUAUCUCGGAGGAGGAAGAAGAAGACAUCUGCUACCACUGUAAGUAAAGCCACGGAAGAGAGCUCUGUGCGGGACACUGGUAACGCCAGACGAAGGCUCAGAGGCGCAGUCUCUCCGGGGAAGAGAGAGUCGUCUGAACCGAGUGCGGCAAGCGUCCCAGCCGCCCAGGAGCGACGCUCACCGAGGAAGGUGAGGCGAAGGGCUGCAGCAUCGGAGAACGCCUCUCCAGCAAGCAAAGGGGCAGAGAAAUCUCCUGGUCCACGGAAGUCUCUUCCACCUGGGUCACCAGAACAAUCGGAUGAGAACCAGCGAAUCUCUCUUAGGCUGAACCCAAGACGGGUUGUUAGGUCACGUAAUGCCUCCUCAGAAAUUGAAAGGGUGGAGUCAUCUGCUAGACCACAAAGGACUUACCAAACAAGGCAAAUGAAACAGGUGAAUGGAGCUCAGAAAAGUCAUUCACCUAGGAAAACUUCGUUGCGAUCUUCAACGAAAGAGAAUGCAUACUCAUUCUCUGGCCUCGAUCAGGAAUCAACCGUUCAAAAGUUGCAGGAUUUAUCUACUCACAGUUCAAGUUAUAAUCACAGCAAACUGGAACCCAUUUUGACUCAAAAUACUUCAAUCAUUAACUUUCAUAAGUUUACGAAGCCGAAAAAAAGUCUUCAGCCGUUUUUGGAUGAUCGUUCCGUGCUGUCAUCUGGAUCGAUUCCCAGGGACCCACUGUGGUGGAAGUCUCUGGACGAGACCGCCAACUUCUCCGGCGAAGCUGGGCAGGAUGGUCGUAACCUGAGGGUGGCUGGUGGGAAGAACCUCUCGGUUAGGAAGAAUACUCGCAACAGCACUGCUAGAAAAUCCCUUCUGUUAAAAGCUCUUGGAGCCAGAAAUAAACAAAAUAUUUUAUUUGUUGAUAAAACAUCUCAAAAUGUGUCAUUUACUGAAAGCAUUUCGGAUGCAUCCAAAUCAUCGUACAUUGAAGACUCGAUCAUCAGCAAGACAUCUGCAAACAAGUUGGUUUUUAAGAGACUUCGAUUAAAGAGAGUGAUACAGGAUGAUUUAUUCGAUGCAGCUUUUGACGAUACAGGUGAUACAGAUGUGGAUCAAGGAACACGUUCAAUACCUCGUGAAAAUAAAACACUGCCUCAUAUUGAUGACAGUGAUGUCCAAGGUGACAGUGAUGAUCAAGGUGAUGAUGUCACACCACCGAUAAAAAAGGCUGUUCCUAAAAGACGUCAAAAUAAAAAAGCAGUGAAUGGCAGUUUACUGGAAGCUGCAUUUGAAAAUUUGAACUCAACAAAUGCAAACAAGAAACAAUCAAAUCCACGUCACUUGAAAAAACACUUGGGCAUUGGUGAGAGUGAAGAAGGUCCUGCCGUGUCGGUUGACUUGGACAGUGAAGACAGUAACCUUAGCGAUGCUGUAGUCACAAGAAAGCGUUUUCAGAAACCCAGGCGUACACAGGUUGUAGAUGAUAAUUUUGAUGCAGCUUUUGAAACAACUGGUGAUAAUACAAUUGAUAAUAUCUCUAGCCACACGAGAGGUUCUUUGAAAGCAGGAACCGGGAGUAAUAAAACAAGCAGAGACAAGCAGUUAAGUGCAAAAUUCAAUGUAUCUGAGAGAGGUGGUGUCAGUAACUCAGCAUUGCAGCAUGAAAGUAAAUCUGAAACAGAGAUUUCCUGGGACAGCAAACUCAACAGUGGUACCACUCCCGUACAAAGACUCAUUCCAAAAAAAUCUCAAGGUUCGAUGCAUAGUGAAAAUGAUUUUUUUCAGGAAGGUUUUGAAAAUUCCAGCAGCACUACGUAUAACAAGUUAUCCAUGAUAACAGAGAGAUCAUCUCGUAAUAUAAAACAAUCAUUUAAUGUUGAUGUUCUUGGCUCAGAAAACAUUGAAGCCAUCACACCAUCUAAAAAACAGCCAGGAUUUAAAAAAAAACAACAAAAGAGGAAAAAAAGAGAUGGUGAAUUUGAUGAAGCUUUUGAUAAUGCUAACAACAGUGGUGGGAAUAAGCGAUCAGCAUCUGUACAACAAAAUGGAGAACACGUAACGUCAUCUACCAUUAGUGACAGUGAAGACAAAGUGACACCUGCAAGGAAACGUACUUUACGUAAAUUACAAAAUAAAAAGAUUAAUGAAGAUGAAUUCGAAACAGUGCUUCAAAAAUCAAACAACACUUCUGCUAGUAUAAGAAUUACAAAGAAGUAUUUUCAUAAUACAAAACAUUCAUUGAAUGGUAAUGAAGAAGAUACAAAGGCUACAACUCCCAAACAACAGUCUUCUUUCAUGAAACAACAUCAGAACAGAAAUAGUGGUAACAAUUUUAAUGAAAGUUUUAAGAAUAAUAAUGCUGGUGUUUCACGAAAGCUGUUACAGUCAGUACAGCGGAACAAAGAACAAAACACAGUGGAUACCACCAGUGACAGCGAGGAUGAAAGCGUCGCAACAGCAAGAAGACAUGUUUUACGCAAAUCUCGAAAUAAGAAGGUAAAUGAAGAUGAAUUUGAAGCAGCGUUUGAAAAAUCAAACGACACUUCUCCUAGAUUAAGAAUUACAGAGAAGUCUUUUCAUAAUACAAGACAUUCGUUGAAUGGUAAUGAGGUAGAUACUGAUGCUAUAAAUGUUGUUACAUUUCCCAAACAACAGUCUUCUUUCAUGAAACAACAUCAAAACAGUAAUAGUAGUAACCAGUUUAAUGAAAGUUUUAAGAAUAAUAAUGCUGGUGUUUCACGAAAGCUGUUACAGUCACUACAGCGGAACAAAGAACAAAACACAGUGGAUACCACCAGUGACAGCGAGGAUGAAAGCGUCGCAACAGCAAGAAGACAUGUUUUACGCAAAUCUCGAAAUAAGAAGGUAAAUGAAGAUGAAUUUGAAGCAGCGUUUGAAAAAUCAAAUGACACUUCCACUAGAUUAAGAAUUACAGAGAAGUCCUUUCAUAAUACAAGACAUUCGUUGAAUGGUAAUGAGGUAGAUACUGAUGCUAUAAAUGUUGUUACAUCUCCCAAACAACAGUCUUCUUUCAUGAAACAACAUCAAAACAGUAAAAGUAGUAACCAGUUUAAUGAAAGUUUUAAGAAUAAUAAUGCUGGUGUUUCACGAAAGCUGUUACAGUCAGUACAGCGGAACAAAGAACAAAACACAGUGGAUACCACCAGUGACAGCGAGGAUGAAAGCGUCGCAACAGCAAGAAGACAUGUUUUACGCAAAUCUCGAAAUAAGAAGGUAAAUGAAGAUGAAUUUGAAGCAGCGUUUGAAAAAUUAAACGAUACUUCCGCUAGAUUAAGAAUUAACAGACAUUCGUUGAAUGGUAAUGAAGAAGAUACUGAGGCUAUAAAUGUUGUUACAUCUUCCAAACAACAGUCUUCUUUCAUGAAACAACAUCAGAACAGUAAUAGUGGUAACCAUUUUAAUAAAACUGUUACGAAUUCUAAUUCUGAUGUUUCAAGAAAUUUGUUGCAGUCAGUACAGCGGAAAAAAAAACAAAACACAGUGGAUACCACCAGUGACAGCGAGGAUGAAAGCGUCGCAACAGCAAGAAAACAUGUUUUACGCAAAUCUCGAAAUAAGAAGGUAAAUGAAGAUGAAUUUGAAGCAGCGUUUGAAAAAUCAAACGACACUUCCGCUAGAUUAAGAAUUAACAGACAUUCGUUGAAUGGUAAUGAGGUAGAUACUGAGGCUAUAAAUGUUGUUACAUCUCCCAAACAACAGUCUUCUUUCAUGAAACAACAUCAAAACAUUAAUAGUAGUAACCAGUUUAAUGAAAGUUUUAAGAAUAAUAAUGCUGGUGUUUCACGAAAGCUGUUACAGUCACUACAGCGGAACAAAGAACAAAACACAGUGGAUACUAACAGUGACAGCGAGGAUGAAAGCGUCGCAACAGCAAGAAGACAUGUUUUACGCAAAUCUCGAAAUAAGAAGGUAAAUGAAGAUGAAUUUGAAGCAGCGUUUGAAAAAUCAAAUGACACUUCCACUAGAUUAAGAAUUACAGAGAAGUCCUUUCAUAAUACAAGACAUUCGUUGAAUGGUAAUGAGGUAGAUACUGAUGCUAUAAAUGUUGUUACAUCUCCCAAACAACAGUCUUCUUUCAUGAAACAACAUCAAAACAGUAAAAGUAGUAACCAGUUUAAUGAAAGUUUUAAGAAUAAUAAUGCUGGUGUUUCACGAAAGCUGUUACAGUCAGUACAGCGGAACAAAGAACAAAACACAGUGGAUACCACCAGUGAUAGCGAGGAUGAAAGCGUCGCAACAGCAAGAAAACAUGUUUUACGCAAAUCUCGAAAUAAGAAGGUAAAUGAAGAUGAAUUUGAAGCAGCGUUUGAAAAAUUAAACGAUACUUCCGCUAGAUUAAGAAUUAACAGACAUUCGUUGAAUGGUAAUGAAGAAGAUACUGAGGCUAUAAAUGUUGUUACAUCUUCCAAACAACAGUCUUCUUUCAUGAAACAACAACAGAAUAGUAAUAGUGGUAACUAUUUUAAUAAAACUGUUAAGAAUUCUAAUUCUGAUGUUUCAAGAAAUCUGUUGCAGUCAGUACAGCGGAAAAAAAAACAAAACACAGUGGAUACCACCAGUGACAGCGAGGAUGAAAGCGUCGCAACAGCAAGAAAACAUGUUUUACGCAAAUCUCGAAAUAAGAAGGUAAAUGAAGAUGAAUUUGAAGCAGCGUUUGAAAAAUCAAACCUUUCUACAAGUGUGAGAAUUACUGAUAAGUCUCCUCAUAAUACAAAGCAUUCAGCUAAGGAUGAUGUCCUGGAAGACUGUAGUGCUGUUACACCAUCUAAAAAACUUCCUGCAUUUAAGAAACAACAGAAAAAGAAGGGAAUUGAAGACCAAUUUGAUAAAGUCAGUGAUAAUUCUAACUCUCUAUCACACUCGGUGAAAGAGAACAAGAAACAAGUGACAGAGUCUACCACUAGCGACAGUGAAGUGAUGACGCUUGCAAGAAGGCAAGUUUUACGGAAGUCUCAAAAUAAGAAACUACCGGAUUUGUUCGAGGCCGCCUUUAAAAAAUCCGUCAGUACUUCACGUGAUAGAAUAUUUAAUAAUACAAAGAUAGUGGGCCAGUCACCUCAUAAACAAAAAAAUUCAUUAAAUGAGGAAUCAGAUUUUGGAGAUGUUUCUUCUAUUGCAACAUCCAUUCAAAAGUCUUCUUUUAUAAAACAACAGAAAAAGAAAAGAAGCUUAGAUGAGUUUCAUGAAACUCUAGAGAAUGCCAACACAAGCAUUGUGAAUAAACUGCAGGACUCGGAAGACUCAGUGGCUACUGCGAAUGACAGUGAAGAUAAGGCGACUCCAGCAAAAAGGCGUGUCUUGUUGAAGUCUCGAAAUAAGUUGCUAAACGUUGAUGAUUUGUUUGAGGCAGCUUUUGGAAAGUCAAGUAACUUUACAAAUGUGGUUCCAGCAAAUGAGAUUGUGAUGUUAGAUAAAUCGACUGGCAGGCCUGAACUCUCAUCUAAUGAUAAUAUACCGGUUUCGAAGAGUGCCUUUAAACAGCAACAACUUGAUGGGAUAUCAGGAGUUUCUCUGUCAGAUGCUGUGGUGGGCAGUCCUGACACCAGUGAUGUGAACAAGAAGCAUUCAGAUCUGUCUCCAGGGGGCGGUGUCACAAACAACAGCAGAGACCAUGAUGUCACACCCGCAAAAAGGCAUGUUAUAAAUAAUUCUGGGAAUGAUAUGUUACAUGUGACUUUAGAGGUAUCUCAAAAUGCUACAAAUGAGGAUUAUGAUGUGUAUAUGGCUGGUGUCUCUUCUAACAAACGUAAAUUUGCAUCAAAUGCUGACGUAAAUUCUUCCAGAUCAAGGAAGUCAUCAUCUCCUUCAAGGAAGAAACAUGCGUUCAAGAAACAAGAUUCAGAGGAUAUGAGGGAGAAUAAUGAGUUGAUUGGUUCGCUUGGUAGCCCAAGUAACGUAGUCACGACUGAUAAAGAGAUGCAGAACUUGACGGAACCAGGCCAGCCUGUGUCCACAAAUCUUUCUGGAAUCUCUUUCCAUGGAAGUGUUCCCAAGCAGGUGAAGUUUGUGGAGGUGUCCCAGUUUCCUGAAGGGCGUGCUGUGUCUCUCCGGUCCUCCGCGCAGAUGUGCGACGGGGAGUUCCCGGUCGAUGACGCUCGAGCAUCGGCAGCGAGCAGCGGUGCUCGUCCGAGCGAGGGUGGCGGCAGAGCGUUGAACACUGGAAGCUCCGGCGCAGAGCGGGAAUCACCAGCUGAGCAAACACUCUCGGAAGCUGGAGCGAAGACAACUUCGCGGAGCUCGGUUCCUGCUACUAGAAUCUCGCAUUCUGGAAAUGAAGCUGGUUCAAGCAAUGCUAGGGAAACUAUUAAUGACCGUGAUGCAGGUUUUUCACGAAAGGUAGGGGAAAAUGUAGCUGCGCAAAGGCAAAGCAAAAUUACAGACUUCAUUGAAGCAUACAAGAAAACGAGGGAAGAGAAAGAGAAUGAGUUAAAGCGUACCAGAGAAACGGCUCUUGAUUCGGAUUUCCCAUUGCCGUCACUACGCAAAACAGUCGCGAGGAAGCCUGCCAAAGAGAUUGAUCCAGACUUCCUCGUGAAUGGCAAAAUGAUUCGUGCACGCCGUCUUAAGAAACCAGCUCCGUGGUUUUCCAAGAAGCUGUAUGACGUGUUAAUCCGCGCGUGCGAAAUCAAGUACGGUGCCUUGCGACAUCGAAGAAAAGCGGAAGAGUUUGCCGGCGAACUUCACAGACUGGUGAAGGAAGUGUUGAAAAAGAAGAAAGACUAUGAAGGUAUAGUUGAAGUGAUUAAAAAGAAAUUGUUUAAAAUUGGAGUCAUAGAAACACUAGAUGACUUUUACCAUUUCAUUCGAGACUUCUUACCAGAGGAGUUCAGGUACAAAGUCAUACCGUGUAGGCUGGCUUUUGGUCGUAUGUCGGGCAUUCCAGUUCCAGAAGGUGUUAGUAUCUGGGCGCGGCUGUCUUUCCCCUGAGACCCUUCCCAUUCCACAUUGCUGUUUGCCAAACGCAGCGUGAAGUUUCCUGUUUCUGUGUCGGACGUCCUCUUUCAAGUAGUGAUUCUGGACUGAGCUGAUAAGCAAUGUUAAUGGAAUCAAGAGAGACCGGUAUAAGUGGUUUUGGAAUCAAAGCGGGUCAGUUGUUUGCCUUAAGGAAAAACUUAAAUGAGGAGUAUCGUGUUAAUUUACAUGAGUGUGAAAGCUGAUUUGUCGAUAACCUUUGAUUAGAUUUUUCGUUUAUGGCAAUUUAGUGUACAUUUUAAACUAGUGACAUUUGCCAUUAAAACUUACAAAUAAAUACUAAUUUUUAUGUAGAUAAAGUGGUCACCUCAUGUGACAGCAUAUUUUUAUACUUCUGGGAGAGUAGCUUGCAGUGAAAAUUAAUUUGUAUAUUUGUAAUAUAUAAAAAUAAGGUGUACAUUCCAGUGAAGUUAUGAAGAUACUGUAUGUUCAUCUCUUUAAAUGUUAUAUUUUGUAAAAAAAAUUAAAAAAUACAAAUAAUUUUGCAAAUAUUGUUUUUUUAAAUGAAGAAACAUUUAACAUGUGACAUUAUUUUGCAUAUUACUCUGGCUCUUGUGCAUGUAAAAAGUAUAUUUUGGACAACAUUUUAAAGUUUUAUUCUCUAUCAUUUGUUAGUUUUGGAAUGGUAAAUUAUAUUUAGUUUUGUUAAUAAUUUUUUUUAAAUUUUCUUUGUCAAUUUGUAUAUUGAAUUCCUCAGAAAUUACAAUAGCUUUUGCUGUAGACGUAGUUUUUAUUAAUUUUAUUGAAAAAUAUUUAAUUGAAUAUUUACAUAAAUUCUUGAUAAAGUUUUGUGACAAAAUGUGCCUUAAUAUAUAUAAUAAGAAUGUAUUUGUGCAUUAAUAUAAAGGGAGUAGCUAAUGCCCAGAGUGUGUUGCAAUGUCUCAUUCAUUUUAUUUGUAAUUUGUUUGAAGUAGGUGCACACAUACAAAGCAACUGCCGCUAAACUAUAUGCAUGUCACCUAUUGUAAAAUGGUUGUACUAAUUCAGAAACCUUUGUGGGCGUGCGCACAACUCGCCAAAGUUUCAUUGCAAUAGGAUCAAUUGUUUAGGAAUGCAUAAGGGACAAGCAAACAUUCAUUAGUAUGUGUGUGUGUGUAUGUAAGUAAAGAGGUGUCAUUAUUUAUUUAAUAUUUGUAUUGUGAGGUUCCCAUUAUAUUAUAUUAUGUAUGUUCUAUUGUCAUAGUAUUUUAUUGGUGGGAGUGUCACAGAGUAUUGUUCGAGGUACCGGGACCACAUCUACUUGCUCCUCAUGUCUAAUACUGCCGAGUGGGAGCUCUGAGACUCAUUUGUGGGAGUGGAGACUCAGUCACCUAACUUAAAGGUUUUAUUUUUAUUAACUUUAUCUAGCAUCAAAUGCUGUACUGCUUCAACUCUGAAGGUACUCCAAACAUUUUCAUUGCCCAGCACAAAGUGCUCUGGCGCACACGUUAAUGCAUUCCGAAGGUCUCUAGUAACUGGAGUUUUACUGUAGUGUCUUAAUAAGCUUUCAAUAUAAGCAUUAUAAUUUCUAAAUGAAUAAACUUAGUUUGUAAUUACAUUCGUAAAACCACAAGAAGUUUUUUUUAUCUUAUUACGAAUAUAAUAAUGACAAUAUACUCACUAAGCAUUAUCUUAAAGGGUUUCAAAUUGAAAUUGAAAAUUCAAAUUCCAAAUUUGAGAUUUGAAAUUGGAAUAAGAAUUGUUUGUAAUUUUUGGGGCUGAACCGGCCAAUUUUUUUGAAAUAUAAUAAUCCCAGUUAUUCUGAUUGACAGCGACAGUGUUACUUGUGGCAGCGAAAAAUUCUGAACAUAAGUUUAGUGAGGUUUUAGUUAAAUAAAAUGCUGACUCAAGCCAGGAUCAUGAAGAGUAUGCAAAUGUUAGUUAAGGGCAGAGAGGACUUCAGUAGUGUGCUGCUUACAGUAACAGUGUGUUGGUCAGUUUCAAGUACAGCUAAUUCUCGUUAUUGACCACAACCUGUAAGACUGAAAAGUAACCUACUCUUUCUUGUCAUCUGGGAUAAGAAAAACUAGGUUUCAAAGUUUACUAAAUACAUUUAAUAUAAAGGCUAUGUCUUCCAAGCUUCUUGCAUUGUGAGUAUCUUGCUAUAGUACUGGUGGACCUGCCUUGUGGAAAUAUUCACAACUGUUAAAUGGUGCAAUAACAGAUGUGAUAGAUGGUGCAUAUUUAAUUUAAGGUUGUAAGUUAUACUGGAGUAAUGAAUAUGCCUGUAUCCUUGUAGGUUAAGACAGAGCCUUGAAAUAUGGAUGCUGACUUGCCGUUUUUUAUGUAAAUUGUCUGUUUAACUCCAUAAUAUUUAAAAAUAAAUGCACAAAUGGUCUUUACUGCCUUUCUCAUUAAUAUAUAUAUAUAUAUUUUAUAUCAUGUUUUUUCCUUAGUGGUAACAUUCCAGUAGUGAUCUGCGGUGGCACUCAAGAGCUGUGGUUCUGUAUGUACUCCAACUGGCUUAGAUAACAUGUUAGUACAUAAGGCUUUACAUGUUACAUGUUCAACAUAUUUUUUACAGAAAUAAAUAUAUUGUGAAGUUGAGUUUAUAAUAAAUUGUUUAAUUUAAAAACAGCUUUGGAAAGUUGGUGUUUCUGAAGGAGAAAAAAAUUCUCCAAAGGUUAAAAUACCUGAAACACACACUCUCUCUCUCUCUCUAUAUAUAUAUAUAUAAAGCGUGUGUUUAUUCUGGUGUGUACCCUUUGGUUGUAGGAGGGUUAUAGUGAGAGGGUGUCUUGUAACCAUAUGUGAAAAAAUUUUCAUGUACUCUUUUUAUUAAUUACCUUUUGAAAAGUAAAGGGGUAAAAUUUUAAUUAACUAUUAGUUGCACAGUAUGUAAAAGUAGUGUGAAUGGUUUUUCGUAGGGAGGCCAUAAUAGUAAAAUAUAAUAUUAAAUUGAAGAUUCAAAUACAUUUUCAAGUAUUUAAUGGGUACGUUUUUUAUGAUUUAUAUUUUACGGUUUGAAAACCAGUAUGCAAAUUGAAAUUACAGAGAUUACUUGACAUGUUAGACAACUGAAAAAUGUUUAUGUUAAAGGUAGGUAAUGCUGGAAGAAGUAGGUCUUUGUUUACCUGGGUUAACUUAGUAUUAUCCAAAAUAUGUUGGGUGAAGUUCAAAUAAAAAUUGAAAUAAAUUUGAAUUUGGCAUUUACCUGUGUACACCCAGGGCUACCCAACGCUGACUGGGUAGUGUGAGAAAAAACAAAUGAUUGAUAACUUUAAUGUAAUGUAUUUAAUAACCGACAAAACAUUGGUACUUUAACUAAACAGAUUUAUUUAAAGUAUUUUGAAUGAGAAAAUUCAUAAUGAAAUGUAAUCAGAAUAUUGAUUAUAACAAUAGUUCACAAAAUGGCACUUUCACAAAAUAGUACUUAUGUUAUUAUUGAUAACGAAUAAAUUGUUAUUUAUUUGUGCGAAACAAACUGCAGUGACACUUUGAAUUGCAUAAUUGUCCUGAAGCCUUGCUUUUUCACUUCUUUGUAGCACAUUUUGUUUUGCGAAAACACCCAACCUUACCAAGCCUGCCUUGCACAGGUAGUCCCCAGCUUCUAAUUUAUUACUGUGAUUAUUUCGAUUUUUCCCUACGACCUUGGGUCAUGCUAAGUUAAUCAGAGUAAACCUAGGUUUACCUACUUCUUCUAGCAUCACCUGUAACAUAUACAAAUCUUCUGUUUGGCAAUAAAAAAUUUUGGUGCUGAAAAAAAUUAAAAACAAGAUCAAUAAUUUUGAUAAUAUGAAUCUUCUGUUGUGAGGUUUUGUUGAAAGUGCUUUAGUAUGUUCCGGCCAGCCAUCUGGAGAUGCUACACUCUUCUCAUCAGUAGAGACCUGCAAAAUUAGCGGAUUCAUUCGGUGUUAGGCUAGAAUUCAAACACAUAUACCUCUUAGAUAAUUUUGUUAUUGGCUUACUGUUCAUCUGGACGAAUCUCGACCAGUUAUAAACCCUCAACCAAAGAAGGAUCGAAUCACAGACAAACCAGCCGAGACGACUUACAAAUCGGCAGCCAAUGAACUUGCGUUAUUUGCCCGAGUGUACAGGGGUAUGUGCAGUCUAUCCUGAAGGCCAUAGAAACUGCGAAUUUUGCAGGUCUCUACUCAUCAGAGAACCACUGUUAAACAUUCAGUCAGUGAUCUGUGUCUGGCAUUGUAACAUUUAUUGAACAGGGUUUUUAAUUGAUUUUCUUCUUCGUAAAAGUCGGAGCACUUAAUGUUUUAUGUAGCCUGAAUGGAAUCAAAUGUGUUUUGCAGAGUUUGUGGUGCUAUGGUAAACUCUCUUUGUAACAAAAUAAGAAUCACAACACAGCAAAGUGUAGAAGUGUUGGGUAUGAUGAAAAUAAUAAAAUAUUGAGAUAAUUUUUUUUUAUAUUUCAAUAACAUAUUUUUACUUAAUAUAGUAUUUAUUUUAUUCAAAAAACAUAUUUGGCCUCAUUUACAUAAACAUACAAACAUAGCUAGUUCAACACUGGAUAGGACGUUUCAGAAGUUAGGUACACUGAUGAUCACAUGUAGCUUACAAGACAAGUGACCGUAGCACACCACACGCUCGAUAGCUGUUACCUUGAACAAAGUGCUGCAACACUUGCAAGCUGUGUUGGGUAAACAUAUGUAGCAUCAUGUAGCAUCAUGUAUGUUUCAGUUGGAGAAAUAGACAACUUACAAACAUGCAAAACACAUUCAUUUAAAAUCUUUAAAGUGAUCAUCUGCAAAAUAUUUGAAAUCUUAACAAUAAUUUAGGUACACAAAUUAUUAAAAAAAAAUAUUUUGUUUUAUCGUUUCCAAAAUGCUUGCUGCUUGGAGAUUUCAAUGCCUGCACGGCUUGAAGUACAUUUUACUUAAAAGAACAAGAUAAUUUUUUUCUAACACCAUUACAAAUUACAUUGAAUCGCUAACGGGUGUGAUCCAGAUAUUUGUGAGCCAUCUAGUAGCACUGUCCAGCAGUGGUGCUUGUUUGAGCACUCAGUGUCCCGGGCAGUGCUACAUGUGGUACAUAUGCAGGUGUGGAAGGCUUAAAUACUGCAGUAAAUGUGUUCCAUUAAACAGGUUAAUGUUUCAGCUUGUUUGCUAGGUCGUGUUAAAAUCAAAACAAAUAGUGCAUAUUUUUCGUAAUUAUAAAGUAUAAUGAUGGUUAUUUAUGCUGAUAUUCCUAGUUACAUAUAUGUAAUAGUUUUAGUUGUAAAAUAAAGUAUUGAUAGGUAAUUGACACACCUGUUCAAUGCUACAUUUCCUAGUAUUAUUUAUUGACUGAGAACCAUCCAAGCGAAAUGUAAAAUGACACAGCAGGUACACAUUUUUGAUGUGAAAAUAUUUUACUACCUAUGUACUGCUCAUACUCCAUAAAAAUAUUCUCACAUU